AUGGCACCUUCGCAUACUGCCUCCUCAAUUGCCUCCAUCUUCACCCCUACCCCCUUCACCACCGCUACGGUAAUCGUCACCACCGAUGAGCGAAAUCCCAACACUACACCGCCGUCGAUGCCGACACACACCACCACUUCCAACAUAGCUGCUGUAUCCACUACCAUGACGGCGACGAUAACCACCGCUCCUACUGUUGCCACCACCUGCAAGAACACUUUCGAUGUCCCAAAAAGCGCCGUCCUAUCCCUCGCCACUAUCGCCCCACCGCUAGAAAAUCCGACUCGCACCAAAUGUUUCCUGAUUGAGAUUGCACAUUCACAUCACAUAUCGGCCUGGCCAAUAAACGGUAAAUCUACCGCGCAGAGAAUAUCGCAGUAGCGCCAGAAGCACUAACAUACACCUGUCCACCCGCCCCAACUUCCCGCACUGACCAUGCAUAUUCAGUCACCGCAUGCGCCUACUUUGCCAUGGGCGCAUCCAUGCACGUCUGCGGUAAAGCACUGCAGACGAAACCACAUCGUCAAAUAUCUAGUCCGUGGACCAUACCCUACAUACGAAUCCAUGCCAUACCACCCGUCACAGGCACAGAAUUGGCAUCUUUCGCGUAAGCGGGGGGCGUGUUUUGCGACCAAUUUUCCAUGUGGCCUCUAACGCGUGUGAGGCCCAAGUAGCCCACUGCCUUUGUGCUAAAACCUCUUGUGUUGUAUGGGGAACCAGGUGGUGUACUGCACGCGUGGACGGGUUGUUCUAGUUCUGUCAACUGGCUUGAAAAGUCGACUGGAGGAAGGAAAGGAGAGAGAGAGAGACCGAUUCUGGGGAUUCCAUUCCCAUGGCACUCCAGCGCAUUGCUCUCUCUAAUAGAUCUGACACGCUUGAUACUAUCACGACGAAUUAAGCGUUGUGAGCUGGAGGUUGGCGACUGACGACACAAGUUAGACCUCGCAGUCCUCUCCAUGUGUUUUUUUCGUGGAGUAUCCGAGCAGUGGACUGUGUCUCAGGCUCAGUGGCUCCUUUCACACAUGGGAAAUCCGAGCAGUAUAAUUCCUUUGCGCGAAAAGCGGGCGUGUUGCGUGAGCGGUCAGAUCGUGUGUGCUACGCACAGACGGCCUGCUUAGCUCUGUCAACCAGCGGCGAACAAUGCCCGCAAAAGAUAACUAAUCAGCUCAGAUAUUGUUCUCAUGUCUGGGGGAGGGAAAAAAGGGUUACGUCGACUCUGCAGACUGCGUUCCAGUGGUACUCAGCGUAUACUCCUCACGUAAAACCAUAUAGUGCACUUUCAAACUGCCACGGCAUGCUAAUAACUGUGGCCUGAAAGACUGCCAUCUGGCGCGACAACUCGAUCCUCCUCUCAGGACGGAGAUUCGGGCUGCGAUGAUUCCUUCUUAGUGUUGACUCUAUGGCAGACCCAUUGUAUCGGGAUCUGAGCCGCCACCUUUUUGCUUGUGUGUAAACCUAGUCCAUCAUACACGGACCAGGCGUGUGUGGCACGCAGACGGGCGGUUUCGCUCUGCCAGUCAACGCGCCUGAUCCCGCCUCAGGGUUUCUGGACUCUGCCAUGAAACCCGGCUCAGAUGGGGGAGUAUGGUAGAUACAGUGCUAGUCUACUAUUACUAUUAACUAAAUCACAUGCAGGUCAUCGUCCCUGAGCCCAGCCUGUCGUGGGGUAAACAACAAAUUCGUCGAUAAUGACGGUCAAGCUGUGAAGAGGGUACAAUUCUCUUAUCACUCUUCAAGAUAGCUAAAGGUAAAGGGACAUUGUAGCCGUAAACAGUGGCUAAAAUGUUCAAGGAUUUGAACGGCCUUCAAAAAGCACCCCGUACUUUUUCACUACUUUCUGUUUCCUUGUGCUUGCGGGCCCAAGCAUAUUGCGCAGACGCAAAUAUAAAUGGCAGCCAGGCCAUUUGAGCGCUGAUGGAUUUUAGAUUCAGAAAACAAGAUUUUUAUUUCUUUUAACACAAACCUUUUCUUACAGAUUCGACAGCCUGUUCAUACACGAGUCUUCCAAUUACUUGUUCAUCCACUUAGAACUUGAAAAAUGCACUAAUUCAAAGCAGUCUAAGCGCAGAGGGGAAACUUGACAUGUGCAACUUAGUGAAUCUCAUACUGCCGCGGUAGCCCUUAGGCCUUAGACUCACACAUCUCAUUUUGUGCUUGUGUUCCGUAUCCUUUUCCUAGCGCGUUAUUAAGCGGCUCUUUUCAUCAACUACCCUGUGGUCCCAACUAUACCCAUGCUGCGUUAAUAUCGAUUUUUUGAACACAUUCAACUUUCCGUGAAUUCAUGACUGGCUACCUGUGUUACGAGCAGUUGAUAAUGGGCCGAAAAUUUUUUUGGGUAUCGCUAAAUCCUGCUGUUCCCGGUUGUUUAAAAUUCCUACUUAGGAUGAAAUGCUUCAGAGACAGACUUCGUGCCUCGAGUAAAAACAUCAUAUUUGUCCGAAUCGAUGCUACAAGUUAGGAUCAAUAAUUUGAUUUUUGAAUCGCUGCCCAAGCGUGUGCGCUUCAUAUUAGACAUUAGUUCAGCAGUUGACAAAAAUGUGGUGGAUUAUACUCUAUUUGUAUAUUUUAAGUCCCGUGAGGUGUGCAGAUGACAAAAAAUAUAAUCCUAACUACGUCAUCUUGAAGCGUUAUGCCAAACUGACGCCGAACAAAACCAGCUACCAGAUGAACGACAUCAUAUUUGCCUGCGAUAUAUAUGCUCAGAUACUCACUCCAACUGUUCACAAAAUUGAACGCCCGGAGGAACAAAAUGUGCAAUUCAGAAUUCAAGUUCUGGAGCAUGGUCCUCAUGGGGAAGACGUUCUCUUUGAAAGCGAUUAUGGGAACCGCGUGGCUAUGCCGGUUGUUUUACAGAAAUACAAGAACAGGAAUGUUCAAGUGCACGCAGUCUGCGUUACCAGGGACAUGACUUUCUACAAGAUAAAACUUUCCGUUGAGGGUAUGUAAUUUAUUGAUUAACAGUGCAUUUGACAUUCCCAAAUCAUUAUUGGGGUAUGAAUACUUUUUAACACAACCGUAGAAAACCAUUCUUUUCAAAAUUCUAUCUUUCGCGUUAUAUGGCACAAGCCGUCAUACCUCCCCAAAGAUGUAAAAUACACGCUAAAUCAGAUUAGGAAAGAAAAUCUAAACAUCACUGACUGUACAGAUGAAGCUGAAUUUGAAAGAUACGCAUCCUUGGAAUUACGUCUUUUGAGAAUGGGAAAUCAGUUGCAUGGAAACGGUAUAAUAUAGAGCGCUGAAGAAAACUGCUGACUUAAAACGAGCUGAACAAGGCAGGUAGACGCUCAUCAUUCUUAUCAAACAGGGAGAAAGAAGAGAUUAUCAGGCACAGGCUGUAUACUAGGAUGGACUAUAUCGGUAUAUAGGAAAAUAGUAAAUGGUACAAAGAAAGAUGUGUUACAACAAAGCGAUUCUCCGUCUGGAUAGGGAGGUGACGUCGUCAUGCCAGCCAAACAACCGGUGGGGAUUGCAACUCUGUGGGCAACUGCAGGGGAGGGCCUUGGGAGGUACCGAUGUAGAGAGAGAGUGAGCAUUGCGAUAAGUUAUAGGGAAGGGUACCGGCUAUGUUCGUCGACAAGCGGUUCCACCAUCUCCAUCUUGGACCCGCGCCAAAAGUGUUCACACCACUCAAACAAUCGAGUCGGGCUCGUUGGGCGUUAAGCAUUGGCGAGGGCUUACUAGCCUUGAAGUUAACUGGUCGGUUUGCAUAGCUCCGUCUGGCCGAAAGCCAGACUAUUGCUGCAGAAGCGUAGGGUUGCAGCGGACGCCGGAACGGCGUCACUACAUACCUCUAUGUUUGUCGGGGUGGUCAGCAUAAAGGGUGUGGUACAUAAGUCUUGACCGAUCUCUUGAUUUAAUCAGUUAUUGAUGACGUGAGUUGGCGAAACUUUGUUGUCGGUGCACGACACCAAAGUUAGGACGUCGGCCCAUGCCUCGGAUGUGACCACAGAUCUGCCCCCAAUGAACUUGACUCAUCAGUUCUAUGCGUUACUUGCCUCUAUGUGUUCGCAGGAAUCUGGUAGUGAAGACCAUGGAGAAUUGUUCGUGCAACUAGCGGCUCCCCUUGACCUUUGCCAAUACAGCGCUUGAGUGUGUGUAUUCCUCCUUCGAACAAAUUUUCCAUGCGUUUGCAGUAGUUACUUUGGAGGCUGAGAAACAAAGUUCUGUUCAUGAGUUCUUCGCACGAGGUUGUUGCGGUUUCCUGUGUUGACGAUUAGAUCCUGAUGCUGACUGAAUUUUGGCGUUCCACUCUCCUCCUUCGCCCCCUCAAACCCGAGCUGCACAGUAAUUAUCUACUUGUCCGCGUCUUUUCAUUCAUUAUUUCAAUAGCAACAUUAUUGUACGGGUUUGGAGGGAAUUAACGGAAAGCGGAUGCAGGCUCGCCAAAUUGUCUUUUGCAUUUUUCAAUGGGAAUUUUCAAAAAUUGAAAUAAAAGCACCCAACGAAGGUAGGUAGCAACUAUGUGGACACGAAUUCCAGCGGGGAAGGGUGUACAACUUUGCCCAGAAGGCUGAAGCAUAUGGAAGGUAGCGUGUUCAAACCAGAGCAAGCAUUCUACCAUAUGCUAUGUGACUUGGAAAUCUGUUUUGUGUUGAAUAAUUUACUAAUUUCACUAAGGUGGUCUUCUCCACUAGGAAACCUAUGUAAGACCACAAUACAAAUUUAGAAAGUUUCGGAUUUUCUAACUGAAAUAAGGUAAUUUCUUACGCGGUCGUUCUUGAAUGACGUUUCUUGGGUAGAUUAUGCCUACUUAAGUACUUGACUAGGCUGUAAUGAUGCCUAACUCCUAAACACACGACGAUAAGCGGUAGUCUUUGUUCCUUCAAGUAAGAGCACAUUCCGAAUGUACAAGAAACGCUGCUGUGUAUUGAGGGAAAGUGCAGAGCCAAGCUUUGAGAUGAGCCCUUGGUCAUCAAGUGCAUAGGUAGGACGGUAGCAGCAAUGUACUUAAGUGACGGAUGAUGGAUGCCGUGUCCAAACCACUUACGCGUCAUUAUUUGGUGAUAAGAGAUACCUUGGCUAUGUUGGCGUAAAUAACAAGGAUUGUGUCAUUCGCGGCGAAAUCGAUGUACCUACUUCCAAGGACCGAUCUUAGGCCUUUGUGGUCGAAAACAAUUUUAGCGUCGUCUAUCACGCGCAUUGCCCAGGAAUCACUGAUGGAACGGCUAGUCGAGACACCAUAGUCCUACUACGACGAACCCACAGAUGACUUCAAAUGCUGACAUAAACGUGGGGUAUUAUAUUUUAUCCAUUCAUCACUAGCACUGACAUUAAGCCAACUCAAACUGUGUAUUGAACUGGUGACUUAAUGAACCUUCUGAAGAAGACAGCAUUCUAUUGAAGGACGCAUUUCAACUCAGAUGAUCCAUAGCAAAGACGCAUAACAUGAGCAGGCUCGUAACUUUCAUGCUGAGCAUGAUUAACAAAGUUACGCGCCCCUUAACACCAGGUAUUGUAACACUAAGCAACAGGACGUCCUAAAAUAGUUUUUUUCUAAGUUUCCAAUAAAAAAAUGUUUUUUUCAUUUUCAGUUGUUAUUUGAGAAGCGACAAAAAAUUCAAGACCAAAACUCUAGGAAAUGUAUAAGAACAGGCAGGACGAAGGAGUAUGAACCCCCCUUUCGGGAAAAGUUAAUAUAAGGGUUGGGGUCAGGGCCAGUGUUGGGGUUAGGGUUAAGGCUAGGGUGAGGUUUGGAGCUAUGAUACGGGAAUAUUCAACGAGCCUGAGAUUUUACGCAAGACCACCUGCAUCCAGGCUAGCAAAACGGUAGGUUCCUAUUCCUGUGUUUUACCAAAGAAAGUAAUGUUUUCUUCAUUGAGGUUCAAUAAGUACCCCUCGAUAGGAGGAGCAGAAUAUCAUCUUGUCAAUACAUCUGAUAAGAUUAAGAUCCCAACCAGCUUUUCGAAACAUUAUGAAAUAACUGUCAUCAGGGAAAUUUGGAUAGACAUGCCUGGCAGAAUGACAGAUAACACAAACAAUCCUUAAGUAGUAAAAUUUGGAGCCUUCUAACAUGCCUAUCAAAAGAACAGUUCUCUCCAAAGAAAGACAGAGGUUUUUAUCAGACUUUCGAUCGCUAAGUCUCGUAGGUAACAAAAAAAACUCCGCGGUAUUCACUCUUUUGCAUUUGAUGAACAGUGUAACAGGGUGAAAGGCCAUCCCACCUUGGCUGCAUCGCUUUGUCAGCACUAACUGCUGGUAAAAGUGCCUGCUCGGUCUUGGAAAGAAAAAAGUGUUCAGAAUACCUCGGGUACUUCAGUGACACAGUGGUCCGUAUUUCGUACGGAGCCUGUCGCAGGAGCUUGAGCCAUAGUGAGAUCCUAGCCCUUACGACCUUCAGGUAUGGUUCCCAAUAGAAAAAGAAUGAGUUGGGCGCCCGCUGUGAGGAUAGUGUAUUCUGCACAGAAUAACUGGAGAAAGCGUUGGGGCAACGGUAUAGAGAAGGACUCCACUUGACUGUCAGUAGACUGUGGACCUUGCUAUACGUGGUUUUAUGUUGGCAUACAUUUGCAGUCUGUUGCAGAAAUUACACUGCCAACAACAAAUACAUCCCAAGACCUCACACCUUAACUCAGAAUUCGUUAUUUUGAGAAAUUUACUUUUUGCUUAUUGCUUAGUUACUACUCUCAUUUCUGUUGUCUUACAAUAGCGUAGGAUGAGACUUUCGGCAUAAAUCCAGGCAACUUCUGUGUUUUCUUUCAUUCUGUCAGCUUACUGUAUAGCGUGCUACCCCACCCAUAAGACUCCCUUUGCCAUAAAUCACGUAUGGCACGAUCCACAAUCUACUGCCUGUUAAGUGGGGUCCUUCUCUAUAGCGUUGUUGGCCUCGGAGAGAGUUGGCUGCCCGGCGAGGGUAGUACGUCCGGCGCCGGAAGGGCUGCGUCCUGAGUGAGAACGGCCUAUUGAGCGAGCGCACGUCUGAUUAACGGGUUGGAAAGCUGUAAAAGUUUUUGCUGGUUUGCACGUGCCGGCAUCUGCGAGGGGCGCAGCGUCGCAACAGGCGUCCUGAGCACGGGAACUACAAGCCCAUCGAUGACGGUUGAUGAUGGUUUGCUGCUUACUUGAACUCUGCAUUAUCAAAUUUUAGGAUCAGCGUGCUGUAAACUACACUUUAUUUAUGCAAACUGCCAUACAAUUUGCAGUUUUGAAACUCUUUGACGUCAUCGAGAGGCCACUUACAGUAGGUGGGCUAACUCACGAUAUCUUUGCAAUUGCCACAGCAGAAACCGACAUAGAUGCCUUCUUAAACGCUGUAAAUCAGGCACAUCCCACUAUCAAAUUCACGUUGGAGAUCAAAUCGGUCGGUUCGCUUCCUUUCUCAGAUGUUCUUCGAAGCAGGAGACCUGACGGGAGUGUCCGAAGAAGCGUCCCACCGGAAGAAAACCUGGUCUGGACAAUGCACAAACUUCGCUAGUUUCAUGUCCUUACAACAAAAACGAAAUCUAUUGCGAUGUUUGGCACAAACAGCAAGAAAAAUUUGCUUAACAGAUAGCAAAGAGGAGGAACUUAGAAAAAUCCAGGACUUCCUUCGUGAAAGCGGGUGCCCGGACAGGUUUGUUGCAAAGAAUAUGGCCGAACGACCGGUAAAACCCGCCACACCGAGUGCCGAAAGGAAAACUCUGUUCCUUAAAGUCCCUUUUCAGGGGGAUGCUGCGAAUGAAAUCUUAAAGAGACGCUUUGAUCAAGCUGUCUCGCGAACCUUCCCAUCGGCAAGGGUUCAAGUAUCCUUCUGUACUAACCCUAUUUUACGCGGAGAAGAUGAGGAUAAUUUGCCACCCCUGACCAAUUCAAGGUGCAUCUAUUCAUUCACUUGCUCUAGUAGAGCAGGUUAUAUUGGUCGCACGAGUCGGCGCUUAUCCAAGAGAAUACGGCAACACCUCCCCGCAUGGCUGGGAAAAGGCGAAAUUAGGAGCAUAAGCAGUGCCAUUCGCGCGCAUGUUGUCGAUUCCGAACAUCAUGUAGACGCAAAUGAAGCAUUUCGUGUGAUCUAUAAGGUCCCAUCAGCUGACCUUAGUGACUGGGACAGCGCGCGUUAGCAACGGCAGAGGUGGCCCCAUCAGGUUGCGAAAACCAACCUUGUGCGCACAGAAAAACCACGUUCAGUCUCCGCGCCUACAACUCCCCCGCGUCCUUCCACUCCCACCCCGGCCCUGACAGUGACUACUAUUACCCUCCCCCCUCCCCCACAUUCCCACACCCAGCCUGUGGUUUAAGGCGAAUUUUAAUCGAUUUAUCUUGUCACUGACCUGUUUUUACUUCUACCCCCUUCCCAUAUAAAUGUACUGGGCCGAAGAGAACCUAUCUAAAGCUAAGCAUGCUCGCCACCUCGUCUUCUGAAGUCAUGGCAUGUCAACCGAAAUUCCGAAAUGCGUUUCCGUUUCGAUAAGAUCAAGUAAGUAGGGUUGUAAAAAAUAAUCAUAAUGCAGCACAAUUCUAUAAUAAUUCAGCUACCUCAGGAUGCCGGCUUUCAAAAGAACUUCUUUUCGACUGCAUGCAAAAACUAUACCCUGCAAAAAUGGCUACUUAAGUAGCAUGAAUUUUUCUUAUUGAUUUUCGACACCCUUAAAAAUCCAAUUAUAUUUCAUGAAAAGCAAGCAUAAAAAUAUUCAUUCUUUUGCUCAUUCGGUAGAAAAUUACGUCUACUUCAAAUUUUAUACUCAAAGGAGGCGUAUAUUCCGGGUUUCAAAAUUUCUGAUUCCUGAAUAAUUUUGAACCCGACCUGCCGUCAUACCUGAAUUCAGGGUUUCAAAACUGCAAGCCGUAUAUUUCCGUGUACGGAGGACCAUAAAUUUCGCCACGGUGUUAAGAAGAGACCAUAUGGAUUUCAUAAAAGUUGGCAGAGUAUUUGAGCCAUUUUGUUAACUUUAAAAGCCCCAUUACUAAAUGCUGACACAUGACGUUCUAUGGAAGGCCAUUUCACGGUAUUAAAAAAAAUCUUACAAUUGGAAGCUUUCUUAAGACCGGAUCAUCCCCUCCUUUGAGUGUAGAAUUAGAAGAAGACGUAAUUUUCUACCGAAUGGGCAAAAGAAUGAAUAUUUUAUUCACGUUUUUCACGAAAUAUAAUUGAAUUUUUAAGGACAUCGAAUAUCAAUGGGGAAGAUGCAUGCUACUUAAGUAGUUAUUUUUUUACAAAGUAUAGUUUCUGCAUGCAGCCGGAAAGGAGUUCUUUCGAAAGCCGACAUCCUGAGGUAGCUGAAUUAUUAAAGAAUUAUGCUGAACGACGAUUAGCUUUACAGCCAUACUUAAUCAAUAUUUUCGGAACGAAAACGCAUUUGGAAUUUCGGUUGGCAUUUAAUGAGCUAGUAAACCUACUGUAUGAUGCUUUCGUGCUCUAAACUCUUACUAUGUAUAUUGUCCUAAUUGUUCAAAAGGAAUUUUACGCUGGAGCAUAGAACUUGGACUGUUAUUUCUUUUAUCUGUCGUAUAGGUUGCUUCCAUACUUCUUACAGAUGGGUACCUAAGGACGCUCCAUUGCCUCCUAUUUAGUCUUCAUGAAGGUGAAAAAUCGCUAAACAUACAAUUUCUCGUUGUUACAUUUGUAGGCCUCAUCGGAGCCAGAGCAAGUGUUGACGAUUUUGACGUCGUUUAUCAUGGCAUGGAAAUCGAGUGCGCAGAAGAAGUCAAGUCCUCGGGCCAGAGUUUCUGGCUGUACGUGAGUGGUGUGCCACAGACUACAAUGGGACAAAUCCUUAAGAUUACCAAAACGAAAUUUACUACCGAUAAAACUCCCACUACAUCAUAUGCCUGCUGUUCAACUUCAGUGGGAGGAAGACGACGAGUUUACACCUAUUACUUGGCGGGUUAGGUCGUCCCUUCUUUAUUUUUCACUUCUUAAUAUUGUCCUCUGCAAUUAAAGAGCACUUUUUCCCUAUUGGAUAUUUAAUAAAGUUUUGCUGUGGCAAACGGCGAAUACUCUCCAACUAAGUGUAAUGGAACUACCAUGAUUCUAAUUACUGAGAACAAGUCUAACAUUACAAACCAUAAUAAUCUGUGAUUGAAUCUAGCCUCAUUAAAUACAGCUGUUUGUCUACUUCAUAGAGGAUGUUUUCUGAAACAUUAUUAGGCUAAAAGCAGUCUGACCUCAAGAGUAAUCGGAAGAUAUCUCGAACAGUCGCAAGUAGCCUCUCAAACCUCUGAAGGUGAGACAGUCAAAGUGAAUUUUUGUCGUAGGUGGUUCCAUGCCUAGAGCAAUUAUUGGUAAUGAUUGAGUAUGUAAGUCCACGGUUUUAUUGCCAUAACAUCUCUACUUAUUUGGUUUAGGACUGCAUGUUGCACCACGACUCUUAUGCAGUAGGACGCCUAGGAAUAGGAUGAGGAUUUAGGUUUGGCGUCCAGACUUUGCGGUCAGGGCUAGGGUAAAUAUCGGGACUAGUGUUAAGUUUGACUGUCGCACACCGCCUUACCUAAUCCCGCCUUCUUUAAUCAAAGACCUCGGACCACCUACUUACCUCCAGUUUGAACGCCCCAAAUCUGCAUCUUUUAAAUUCCGCGACCAGUUUCGGCGCCUCGUUGGAGUAGUAAAACAAACACACGGCAGAAAUGAAGGGUUUUUCAAUUCCCUUCACAGACUCCGUUAGUUGCCGCGUCUACCUGUCCUACUGAUAAAACUGAUACUGACGUCCUUACCGUAUUUCAGGAGUCCAUAUACUCUCUCUACCUAUUAGGCUUGCUUAUUGGUUGGGUAACUUUUAAUUUCCACUUUAUCAGACUACCCUGGAAAGUAAUUUGCGGUUCAGCUAUCUAACUCCGAACAGCAAUGCUACCUUAGGGGUGUUACUUUUGCAGCGACGUGUCGAAAGAGUCAGGUACUUGCCUUUGUAGAAGCCUGUCUUUGCAGUCCCUGGCAGUAAAGCGAUCGCGAAACCUGGUAUAUUCUUUGUGCCUAGAAAGAUCCUGGAGGGCCAAUACCUGCUUUCCAAACCUUGCAGUAAACAGCUGCAAAAUGUUAUAUGCUCACGUUAAUGUGAUAUUUCUUGCUUCUGCAACUAACUACUAUCAUCUUCACAGGGCUCUAGCAAUCUUUUGUUUUCUACAUGACUGAUUUAAAACUUUUACGUCAUUAUGAGAAUAAACUCGAAUUAGGUCACGUACAAACUGUACAGGGUAAAACGAGGCUGGCAAACAGGCACGAGGAGCAUCGUCCUCGGUUUGCAGAUAUUGGCUCCUGGGAGGGGGCGGGGGUAAGCAGACCACCGCAACAAGACAGGCAGUGAAGCAGUUACAGGUAAAUCAACGAGGAAUGAAAAAUACAAAGAUGACUCCUGCCUUAUCCUCCCCUUCCAACCGAUUUUGUCACUAAAUAGUUCUACUCAUACAUUCCAGCCUCUUUUAAAGCAAAAGAGACUUUUAGGGGCACCAUCAUCAUUCCUAUCACCAUGAAAACCUAAAAAGAGGACCGCUGUUUUUUGUUUAAAGACCCUCGAGUUCGGAGGGUACUGAUUCUAUUUACCACGCCUGGUUGGUAUCGCUGACCCCAGUCCAUUUUCGUGAAAUCCACCAUGUAAGGAAAAGUUAUCUGCCAUGUUACUGUUCAUGCUAAGAACCUCUGCCUAAGUUCACUAUUUAGAUGUACUUUUACUGCGUAUACUGCAUUUGUUCUCACUUCCAAAUUGCUGUAAUAGCAUUGCUUACCACAUUUUGAUUUAAUAGCAGUAGAGUUCGGAUGUAUGAUCAGAACAUACUAGCAGCUCUGGCUGUUGGUUUGAAAAUCUAUAACUAGGGGAUUAUCGAUCGUUUUCUCCAGACUUUUUCCCGCUUCAGGCCUUGGGUAUCAGACCGUUUGUCAAUUAGCGGAAUGAACGAAAAUAGGUUAAAAACAGUUAGUGUUGGAGGCUCUUCUUGCAAACAGAACCUAUUUCGGGUUUCCUUAUAUUUCUUAGCUAAGCUUUGCUUGUCCUGCAAUGUCUCACAGCUGGACAUUUAUUUGGUCAGGAUAUGCCUCGUGCACACUGCAACUAGUGACCAAAAGAACAAGCUAAAUCUUCCAUUAUGAGAGAGUUUAUCUCGACUUGAGGAUUUUUCUUGCUUCCAAUGGGUUUUGUUUGUUUCAGGCACCUUUACGCAGGCUGUGGCCCCGGCAAAACGCUUCUAUAAUCCGGGAGAUGUCGUCACAUGUCACAUAUACACCUCCACAUUUCCGGACGUAAAUAGAGCUCAUGAGGCCCUAAAAGGUGUCGGAAUUCGCGUAACAGCUGUGUUGAAAGACAAUUCUAUCCAGACGCUUGAACGUCUGCGUAUCGCUUCGCUUCCUUUGCCCGAUUACCCUAAGGGAGUCAAACAAUACCAGAUACAAUGUCUUCUUAAUGGCAUUCAAAUGACGCGCGAAACGGUAGCUGACACUCAGUGUAAGAAGCUUUUAUUUUCUGUUUUCCUCUGGCCACCUCCGUAUGCAGGUUUACAUGGAAAGACAAGACCCCCUAUUUCCAUGAAAGUUUCCAUAACCACGAUCAUCGAUAGCUAAUGAACUCCUAAAAACGCCUCUGAAAAGGUUUUUGGGUGGUUGCUGAGUAUUAACGGUGGUGACAUGGAUAUAAACCUACUCGGAACAGUGUAUGGUGACUUACUGGCCUCUGAUUAUGGCUGUCUUCUGUUGCAAGAGAUAAUAAAUUACAGAAAGUGUCUUUAUCUUAAAGGUUCCCUUCUACAGUCAGCUAAUUGUAUUCUAUGUAAUCUAAUAUUUGUAAGAAAAGAGUUCAGUCUCUGUCGAGUAAUAUCUCCCGAAACGUGAUUAUUUGAAUUGAGGUCAUAUUGCAUUUCAGAAAAGUCAGAUAAGGCUGAUUGCCGGAACUCUUAAAUUCAUAAAAGCAUGGUCGAAUACCCGCAGCUUUCGUAAUCAGUUCGUCAGUUGCUUCUGGCCAUUAUCAUAUUUAAUGACUUGAAGAAUAUCGGUAAACGAAAACGCGUAAUGAUUUAUAAAAUUCCCUUUGGUUAAAUGUCUGCCAAAUAACUUGAAAAUUUCAUAUUUAGGUUCAGAUAAUAUAACAUAAUGAGGGAUUUACAAACACAAUCUACUUGCAUUGACAUGAUGAGUUUAAGGAGGCCUAUUUGGGUUCAUUUUCUUAGGUAGGAAAAAGCGUCCUGUUUCUUUCCAAAUUAGAGCACUUGUACUUAAAUAAACACCCAAGUACUAUCGGUUGUGCAGGCUCAUUCAUCGGAAUAUGCGUUCUCUGUGUGAUUGACUGAGAACUGGAUUUUUAUCAUGGUUCGUAAAGGACCAACCCACAAUCAUUCAUAUUCUGGUCCAAUUUAUUUUCUCCUGUUUAUGUUUGCCUGUAUGUGCCGUCAAAGAUUGAUUUCUGCUAUAUUAAAUCAGCGUUUAUUGUUCUUUUUUGAAGGUGGUGAGCAGUUUCUUUCGAGCAGUAUUAGCAGACUGGCGACAGGGCUGAAGCCCAUAGCCCAAAUGGCAGCACGCCUGACUUAAACACGCCAAUUACCGACUACCACGGAUUCAACUCUCAAGCGCUCAUCCACUGUUGGUUUACCGUUUACUUGCAACGACUUUUAGUUCUCGUCUCUAUCGGUAAUCCUUGCGAUUGCUGAUCGCUGCUAAUCAUUCGACCGCCUGCAUGAACUAUAUAUCCUAGGCUCCAAGAUAGAACGAAGUAGUUCAUUUCCUUCCUACAAUGGGGAUCGAGCGGUCUAGGCCAGUCCUUUCUUUAGCAUGUUUUUCCGAUCUUCCUCAUAUAAUUAAAAUCGAGUGAAAUUCAUGCAUAGCAUUUGUUCCGACGACAUUUAGGCAUUCGUAGGCGACGCAGUCCACCGCUGCCCCACAGAGUUGAUACAAUGAAUACUUACGUAUGAAUUUGUUUGCAGUGGGGAGCAUCUACCACACAUUCGCUCCCUCUACGGCCAGCGGGUUUCUGUGGCAGUGGCUGACGUGACACGAAGACGUCACACACUCCAACGGCAUUAGCAUCCACGUCCCAAGGCGAUAGGUUGCGUAUCCGCCGCAGGCAGACCAAGCCAGUUUUGGCCGCUUUCGUACAACACACCGGUAAACAGCGGCCUUCUGGGUGCCUGACGUUUGGCCCACCCACGUUCAUAGUCUGUCUCAACUAAAGGUCUUAUUUACUGAAACCAUGCGCUGCGUUAGGCCUUCGCGAAUUAUCAGAGAUAGUCCAGAAACUCCUGAUUUCGCCGAUGAGUGUUCUAACAGUGGUCCACAGCCUGCUGGCAGAGGAGGUGAUCACAGGAGGUGGUUAUUGCUAUCUGGAAGAUAGUGGAGGCUGUGACGAAUAUUUCAACGCCGCCCAUAUGGUGGGACGAAAGUCAACUAAGAGCGGUGUUGGCUAGGGAUGUAGUAGUGAUGACUGAAAGCAGUGGAAAAGCAGUCAGUCUAAUACCGCCAUGAUUCAUCGGGUAGCUUUGGACUGGAUUCCGGGCGUUAGUGUUAGGUCAAGGAUGGCUAGACUUAGGGGAGUUACAGCCAGGAGGAUUAGUGUUGGUGUCAGACUUUGGAUUGGGGUUAGGGCCAGAAUUAGGAGGGUAUUAAGUGCCCUCCUGGAAGUUGCGCAAGGUCCUAGCGUAGUUAUUCCCGUGUUCAAUCAAGUUAACCCUUGUACCAGGACCACGCGUCCUCACACAACGUAGACCGAUUAGACACAGGAAUGGGACAAAACUAGUCUGCGUGGUGGGAGACCCCAACCUGCACACCUAUCAAAUGAGUCAAAAGUCAUUUUCUGCCAGAUCGAACGUUUUAUAGCAAAGUUGAUAUUAAAAACGAUAGAUGAGGAGAGGACAAGCAUGCCCGAGUUGUAGGCCGCCAAACAUGCACUUCGCGUGAGUGAGAGGAAUGGCUUCCAUUGUUGAAAAUUGAUCACGCUCUCACGCCGGAUUACGCCGAGGUCACGAAACAGUCUGUAAGUUGCCUAGUUUGUGUGAGAUUUUAGCAGAUUUCAGUGUUGGAAGAAACAGUACCCCCUAAUUAACUACGAAGACGUAAUGAGCGUUCUGUACUGCCAUCUGGCUUGUACGAAAAUGCGUGUACUUGAACUGUCAUAUAGGAUGUUAGAGGACGAGACAGUUAAUUCGUUAUCUUUGGAAUUGUCAAUUUGGACAUCCCUCGCGCGGUUAUGAGGUGCUACCGCACAAUACGUCUCAUUACGGCAAAUACACUCUACGGCCUCAAAGCAGGCAACAAGCCGAGGUUCUAGGUAAGGUUGGUUGUGGGAGAUAGGCUGUAGAAGUGCUGUCGAAAGUGCAAAAAUCUAGGGACAAAUUCCGUCGCCUUCCUCAUAAAAACCAUGAGCUCUGUUACUUUGGUAAGGCCUUCGCAUUGUAACAAUUCCAUGGAUGGAAAGCAGUAUAAAAAGAUCGUGCUAACUACAUAGAUACACUUCUUAGUUCGAUGGGCAGCCCAAUUAGUUGUUUUUAUUAUAUUUUAUAAGUUAUAAACAGUCUUUCCAGUUUCUCCUGUCUCUGUCGGCAAUGUUUUACUAUUAUUAUCAUAUUACUUGGUUCUAUUUUUCUUGAAUUGAUAGUUGCAUUUGCCAGUUACAUAGAACCAUAUGAACUGGUUUAUCAACCUAAGAGUCUAAUAAAGUGCGAAAAUAAGAAGAUAUACGGAGAACGCAAGACAAGGGUGAUCCUGUUGUCCCUCCCCAUGCAUACCAGACUUCCGACAGCAAGUGAUGACACGGGACUUUCAACCGACAUAAGGAUGACACUCCAUCCCGGACUGUUAGUGCUUUAUGAUGGGCUACUGACUAACAAGGGAAUUUUUCUUGCUCUCUGUGAAAUACAACAUGGCAACGAACUGUACCACACAACUCCCAUAUUUCUGAGUAAGUCCCCGUUUGAGUGCUUUCAGAUUACCUGUCAACAAAUUUUGGAAGGAUAAUGAUCGUAAGCGUUCUAGCAUGCCUUGCAAGUCCGGCUUAAGUUUUUGUUCCAUCUAUGUUUUCAAUCGUUCCAGCUGGCUGUGAGCGACUGGUUUAAAGGCGGAUUAGCUGUAGGUUGCCCCUCCUGUGAGAUGUUUGUUGUGGACGCUCACGCUCCUCAGUGAGACGAUUCCUCUAAGGCUGCGCGUAAACUAACAGUUUUCCAGUUACCUAUGUAUCAAUAAAGGUGUUGACAGUUGUUAAGCUGCUUUCCUGUCAGCUUCGUUAAUGACGCGGCCAACUGCUUCAUUUAGAGUUCAGAAUUUGCGAAUCUAGGUCAUCAAAUUAUAGCUCACACAGAGAGCAAAGUUCACGUUCCUGCCGUUGUUUCGUAUUUCUGAAAGGCGGGAAUCACUUUUUCGUGCUGUGAGUCAGCAAUCGGCUUACAUUGAACAUGAGUCUUAUUCCUCCUGUCAGUCUCAUUUGAAUCUACCAUACAAGCACGUGCCUGCGUUAGCUCACUUGAUUAGGAUAGAAGUUUCAAUAGAAUCCUUAGAGACUAUUCUGCCUCUGAUUAUACUAUCAGCACCAUGGCCUGCAAAUGUGGAUGUUUUAAAUGUGCGAAAAGCAUAAAUUAUUUAGGCUGCGCAGUCCCCAGUAGGAACAAUGUAUGGGUUAAUUGGUGUUGAAGGUCGUCUAUGAGGUUUGUUAGGUGAUGUGGCGGCUGAAAAGUCAUUGGGGGGUCUUGAAGCUAUUUGGAAAAUUAGUCCGUUUAUGCUGAACAUACAAAUUGCCAAUUUUUAAUAAAAAAUAGUCAGCGACAAGUCUCCUAGCCAUUUUUUCAUAAUCUUAAAUUCAGGUCUCAUGGUUGCAUAAACAUCAAGCAACGUGUAGGAGAGUGCGUCCGAAUUCCUUCUUAAACACUCAUCGGCUUGAUCAUUGAGGAGGGUUUCCUGUGAAGUUAUGAGGUGUUCAUAACCAACAGCCGCGUCUGAUUAUUUAGGAUAAUACUUCUAACAUCAUGCAAACGCUUUAUAAGCUCAUAAUAAUCAGGUUAAGGUUCGUCUGCAGUAUCUAUUGAGCAAAUUACUCUUUAGGAAAAUCCACAGCAAAAAAUAACAAUUACUUUGAAUUGACUUAACGAUAUUUGGACCUCUCUGAUGUCCCAUUCACUGAGAUAAAACUCUAAAGUGUUAUCAACCAUUAAUAAACUGAUAUUAUAUGAUACUCCGGAGGAUGCUUGUCAUAGACCUGUGUCUUUACACAAUAUAAGUCUACCGAGACAGUCCGCGUGAGGUAGCUACCUUCCUCAGCCAGGAAACUUUUCGAGCUAUCUACCGCGCCUGUCAGUUGGAUGGAUGUAUCAAUGCGCCCUUUUAUUUGAGAAGAGCUUGCUCUGUGAGAAGAGCUUGCCCUGGUUCCAACUAGACGGUCAUUCAGACUACAGUAAAUUCGGCUUGUGGUCGACAGUCAGAAGGUUUCUGUUUGUCAAAUACCAGUAGCAGUCAACAUAUCUAAAUUUUUUUAAAAUUCUCAAGAACUACGCAUAAUAUGACGUGAUAAUUCUCAAUUUAAACAGAAAAUUCUGAAGCAUUGGAUCUUCGUUCAAAGACGAAGACAUGGAAUUUCAAAAACUGGUUUUAUUCAAGAAAACAAAUGGACCUAGUAAUGAGACGUCUAAGCGGCGGCCAUUUAGAUGAUACGGCAGUUCGGACAAUUAGAAACUUGACCAGGUUUAUCACGUUAAGACAUAGUGGGUUUUUAUCGGAUUCGAACCGGCCUUUGUUCCAUCGAGUCUGUUUCCUUUGUCAACAGUUCCACUAAAGCUCUUUAACAAAAUUUAAACAGGAUUUUGAUAUACGUAGUUAAAACAUUAUUUGUGGACGAAAUCAAAUGUUCAUUCUAAUCACAAACACCCUCACAGACGUUCAGGAGGAAAAUCACACCACCAUUGAAGUUCUAAUUCCCGCCGGGGCGCCGAUUUCUCGAACAACCUUCCUCCUCCAGGGUUCAAUGUUAAAGUGCGUGUCCAAAUUUCCCAUUAGCAAGCCGUGGACUCUCCUUGCGGGCAGCAGUUAUAAGUGUCCCAUGGACACUGUUGAGAACGUCCUAAUUAUACCAAGGAUGGAUGAAAACUGUGUAGUCGUCUACUCUUGCUCUGCCUUUGCAAACGCUGAUAGGACAGAAAUAGUCAGUAUUCGCGUCACAAUUGAGGUCAUUGGUAAGUAUCAUUACGCUUUCCUAUAAUCCGUACUCGAGCAGUUUUGUUCUGCCGUCUCUUCCCCCCUCUCUCUCCCUCUCCUGCUCUCUUGCUCUAAGCUGCUAUCCCUUCUAAAAGAUGACCAAUCAGAAAGAUUCACAGCUGGCACUUCAGAAAGUUCAUACAGCCGUCGACGAUGCGUGUUUCCGACUCCAACUAAACCAAACAUCAAGAUACGGCUGUAUCGUAGGAAGAUAUAGUUUUUACGAAAGAUACGCAUGCAAAGGACCGUUCGCCUGGGAGAGUUUAAGGGAGUAGACUUUUACGUUGAAGAGGCCCAUGGCAGCUGCAGAAAAGUAUGUUAGUGAGUACAUUUUCUAGUCUUCCCGUCUCGUGGUCUCUUACAGAAUCGAACCUUUAUUCCAAGCAUAACCGAACAGGGUCGAAGAACUCAAAUAAGGAGGCCUUUCAUGGAAUCUAAAACAAGUAUAGCAAAAAAUUGAUCCUAACAGUGCUAAUUUCCGAUAAAUACCGAGGCGACCUUUCACAGGCAUUCUGACUGCAGGAUAGCUAUCCCUUGUAACACAAUUCCCUUACGACGAACACUUCAAGGGAUUUGUAUUUGCUGCAGCAUAACAAAGAUUUUCCCUCCUUCAUUUGAUGCCAGAACUUGAGUUUCCUGGAUCUGCUAUUAUCAGUUUACAAAUAAGACUCCCGAAACCGUAUACGUGAGGAACGUUAGAUUUUUUGUUUUGUAAUUAUAGGCAGUUCAGGGAACUGUUUCAUAAGUGGACAUGCUCCUGACGAAACGUUGGCAUAUUUUCAAAUUGGCGUUUGUAAUGAUGUAAUGGCUGUUCGAAACGGAAGCCUUAAGCCUGCCAAACGGCUUGCUGGCUGCGGAGAUCUAGACUAAAUACAGUUCCGGAUUGGAAAGUUUUUGGGAAAUGUAUUUCUUAACUAGUAAAGCCUUUUACAACUGGGGCUCGACGACUAUAGUCGUUGUUGUUACUAUAGGAACAACAUUAUGUUAUUCUGUGUAUUCACGAGUUUUGGGUUGGUACAUCUGUUGAGAUCAUAUGGUUGAUAACCCAAAAACUACCUAUUGAGAAGUCAGGGAGGACGAAUUGGGCUGAAUACCCUUUACGGAUGAGAAAGAGCGUUCAGGAGGCUCAGAAAGCAGUUGUCGCAAGCUGUCUUUCCAGAUCAGUUCUUUGUCUGUGUCCGCCGUUGACGUUAUUAGCCCCCAAGCGCUUGUACGCCUUCGCUCAGCCUAAUUUGGCGCCUACCAGCCAAUCAGAGGAGGAGCAGCGUUGAUGGACCUCAAGCUCUCGCGAGGCUUAUAACAAGCCCAGCGCGACCCCACCAGCAAAUCGACAGGGAGCGUGAGGCGGACAGAAGGAAAGCUAGGCCAAUCGCCGGAGAGCAAGGAAGUGUGGACUGCCACAGUACCUCUCGGCUAAACCGAAGGCAGCGCGUGACUGAACCGAAGGAAGUGUCCAUAUCUAAAAAAACAAGAGUAAACAAACGCUCAAGAAAAUGGACAUGACCUCCACUAAAAGUCAUAUAUACAGGGGCACAGGGAAAGAGUGAGUAUGUCUUGCGGGUGCAGUGUUGGAGAUAGAUGAGGGGGGUGGUUGCAGUUGCAGUAACGGACAUGGGUGAGGAGGGAGUAUACGGGACGGAGGGAUGGGGGUUUGUGGAGGUAGAGCAGGGGAAGGAGACCACAGGGCUCAUCCAAAAGAGUGUCCGUAACAGCAUCUUUGAGACGGUCCAAGCUCACGACCUCCUCGCUGAUUCCGCAUUUAAUGCGAAAGGUAUUCGUCCCACGAGAGCUAGUCCCGAAGAUGGCGUCGUAGGGUGGUUCCAGUAGCUGGAGGACUCGAUUUCAUCGGAGAUGGGCGUGAGAGCAUGUCGUCAAGUCCUUUUCAAGGUAAAACUUCGGGAGAGACUGCCUGGGUCGACUCCGGUAGAGUGUCCACAUGAAUUGCCUGAGACGGUGCAGGAGGUUGAUAGGAACCUCGGCUGCACCUCGCUGGGUUGGCGAGAUCAUCUCACUAGGAAGUCAGACGGUGGUACCUAACAAGACAGAACAGUCAAGUGACAGAAUAGUCAAGGUCCGACAAAAACAACGAUUAUAAAACAAAUGAUCAACGUAAGUUCUUAGCGCGGACACCAUCUGUGCCUGGGUAAGAUCCGGUAAAUUAGUCCUUUUUGGACACUGUUUUAUCCUCCCUCACGAAGAAGUCAUUUAUUCGCAACGUCGACCUUUCGCAUUUCACAGCAGCCUCUCGUCGUUCCCAGCUGAACGGUACUCCGAACUAGCUCGAGCUGCUCACUGCAUGUGAGAAUUAUGGUGGUACGGAAGAUAUGGCUUAGGAGCCGCUCCUGCGCAGACAGGCACAUUCGUCUAUUGCCUGCGUUGUGUGGGCUGUGCUGUGUCCGUGUGAGUCCUUAUCUGUGUAGUACUUGCACUUCACACACGCCAGGCUGAAUAUCAGAGGUGAAACACUGCGCUAAAUCUCAGUCAGUCGUCGAAAGGUUCGGACAGACCACUAGCUCAUCGAAGACGGAGGGACGCAUCAUCCCCAAUGCUAAUUGAACGCAUUCGUCGUUAUCAUAAAGGUUAUGUGUCUGGGACUGUCGCAAAGUGCUUCAAGUAGUGGUCUGAGAGGUUGUCAAGGGAAGUGGCAAUUCGGUCCUCCUCCAGAACAAUGCUCAAAUUUAAACUGUUCCUUCUUACUGUGGCCUUUGUGACACUCGCUUGUUUUAAUUCUCAGAUCCUCGCAUUCUUUGAAGCCUGCUUUUCGUGAAGCUAAGAAACGGGUUAUAUGUGACAUGUGUUGACGGAUUGUUUAUCACCUUUGGCCACUGUGCCCACGUCCAUCUUCAAUUGCCUUGACUUUGUCCUGUCAUAGCAGUAUGUCGGGCGUGCGAAUCGACUGCGGGAGGAACACCGCAGAAUUCUGCUUCACUGUUAACCUUCCUUUUGCCUAUCCCUACGGCCCACACGGAUCACAUUUUACCAAGACAGGCUGUAUGAAGCUAAUCUUUGUGUUUCUGACUUUAAGAGUUAGAAUAAAUGGCCCAGUUAACUGGAUGUUAAGAAAAGGGGAGUUUAAGAAUGUCGACGUUCCAUAAUGUCCAAUUUCCUAUAUGACAUCUUGAAAAAAAUGUUAGCCUGCUAGGAAAAUAAAAUUAGAUAAAGUUCUAUUGUGCUGGCGAACUUGGCGUCAGCUCGCUAAAGCCAACUAAAGAAAUUCAGCAAUGGUCUAUUCUUUUAUAGCAAACGUCGUCAUAUCGGUUGACGAAAAACAGGUCUAUGUGCGUCCCGGCGACAAGGUCAGCUGCAGAGGUGUUGGAUUCUCGGAGCUGCUAGGUGAAACCGUUUCAAUCCCGUUAGCUGCAGACUUAUGGCUCCAUGAUCGAUAUGGUACCCUUGUGUAUUUGUACACUGACGUGAUCCCGGGGCUAGCAACUGACGGGCCCUUCGUUGUUUCGUGUAAAACCAGUCCAGGCCUUGACACUGAUCUCCUGCCCCUGCUUUCAGCGGGUUUGUAUUUUUUCAUUUUCUUCUCUAGUACUUUUCCAUACAAAUUCCAUGCUUUUGCGGAGGCAGACGUCGUUUAGCUUAACUACGGGAGUACCAGAAAACGCGUUUGCUAACCAAAUUCUAGACGAGAUGCCGACGUUCUAAAUUUUCAGCAUCUUCUCUACCUACUUUUCUGUGUACUUCGUUUUUUCUAGUUAAAAAACUACCUUAACAACCCGUUGUUAUUCUCGUUAACACAUAUUUUGCUAAUAUGUGCAAAAGCACUCUUACUUUAUGUGUGUAAUCAAGCCUGCAGUAUGUAGUUGACUAAGUUACAGAACCAGGUAAUUCUUUAAGUAAAUCCUCAGUAUCGGAUCUGAAGAGCUUUGUUGAAAGCCGCAACCGAAAAACACUCUAGUUCAAUGAAUUAGGCAUAAGAAGGAGGCAUAGCAGGAUGCUGUUUUAGAUGCUGUGAAACCUUUUGACUUGCGUAUUACAAAGAAAACCUGUGAGAGACCCCAUAUCGGUAUAGUUAUUAGUCCAGCAAAUGAAAAGUCCGUGAGUAUCAGAAUACCGGCUACCCCUGAACAUUCAUAAGUGGCGUCUGCUCAGGGUAACAGCUUCCGUCCGUCACACGGCUUCUGAAUUUUCUCUAAUUCAGGGUCGCUGUGCAUCCGGAUAGGGCGGCGGUGGCGGUUCAAAUGGCUUAGGAUUUCUGCCCCGCACUAAUUUCCAGAAGACGUAUAUCAAAGACUUGUCCUCUGUUAGUCUUUUGUAGAAGAGGGUUAUUUCUAAGUGAACAGACGAUAAACGUCGCGGAAGGAAGCAUUUAGAUUACAAUGCAGGGUUGUCAUAGCCUUGUUUACUUUCAUUUCCUUCUGGAAUGAGAAUGACAUUUCUUUUUCUGUGUUCAAAGAGUCACAAGAUUUAGAGAUUCAGUAUGAACCGCAGUUUGGAAAGCCACUGAUUCCGGGUGAAAAAAUUCGAUGUUUCACAAGGAUACUGCUCAGUGGAAAAAGGGAACUCACCGAGCUAAACGGCCUGCUCAAAGUAGAAGCAAUCGUUGACGGCGUGUCCAUUGUUUUAGCCGAUCGGGUGAAACAAUUCAGAAUCCCGGAGUGGAUCGUUGUGAAUGGGCGCAAGGUUGACAUCGCGGGACUUAAGAUAAAAAACCACUGUACCUUCGAAAAUGAGACGGCGCUGACGUGGACUGUUGAAAUGUACAGUAAGUCUAGCAAUUAUUGUGUAAAUUGGAAAUAGAUCGCAAUCCGUGUCCAAAUAACCACACCCGAAAAUUUUUAAUAUGCUCGUAAUCGAGCUCAAUUAGCUUAUUAUCAACAGAGCGAUUACUUAUGGGGUCUAUAUUUUGAUACAGACAUCUAAUUUAGCUGUUUACUCUGGAGAUUAGUUGUUACACUAGUCGGAAUAGACCAAGGUAUCCUGAAGGCAUAAUGGCGCCCCUAGUCAGAGCCAUUCGAAAACAUAGGCACUUUAUUUUUUAUGUCCCUACGAACAAUUCAAAGUUAGCAUAUAUAUUAAAUUCGGCUUUUAACUCGGAAUGCUUGAUGAGUAUAAUCAGUAACUAUAAGAGUUUUUAAAGCAGGUGUCAAUAACGAAACCCUUAAAUAGAAGCUAGGCAGAAAGGCUUUAGAUUCUAAUUAUACUAAAGUAAUGUUGAUUUACAUGCGUCCAUUCAGACAGAAUCCAGAAUUUUAGAUGCAAAAUCCACGCUGUUAGCAAGCCUACCUUGGUGAGUAGCAUCGUUUCGCAUCUGGGUCACAAAUUUUACGCCUAUAUUGUGUAACACCUGGCCAGUCGAACAGAUUAAACCAAAGUCUACUUGAGGAAGCUCAAUAUCUGCAGUAAGGUAAUCGCAAUUUAUUGACUUUGCACAGUAACUGAAAGUUCAUCCUUUACCCAACUUUUAUCUUAUAAUUUCUUCGUCUCCAAACAACGCGUUCAUUGAAAAUCGGGCCAUUUGUUCGAAUAUAAAGUCAGAAUUUCUUUCAGAAGUAACCUGUGAUUCUAUUAGCACUGCAUUAAAACGUCUGGUUCAACUCAAAUUAAGCAUCACGGGCAUCAGAAACAACCGCUCAGGUAAUUAAAAACUAUACUAAGACGACUACCUAAAUUGUGAUUUCGCGUACCCCUAAAAGGCCUUCAGAUUGCUGAGUUUUUUAAAGUAACCUUAAACAGUAUGGUCUGAUUCGCUGCCAUUAAUGAGGCACAUAUGCCCUUAGCGUAUACUUUGAAGGUUUUACAAUUGAAUUUGACAAAUACAAAGUCGAUGUGCGGCACAAAAUAUCUGCCAUCUCAUGAAAUGUUAAUUAAAAUUUUAAGUAUGUUUUAAACCCGACAAGAUUAUUUAAGUAAGAUUGUUGCAUUAAAAAUCUUACAACAUAAUCCCAAAAUAUUUCGGUCACUUCGGAAGUUCGUCUUCUGAACGAGCUUCUUUUUGGUCACUAGUAAAAAUUACGUUUCAAAAAAUGACUACUUAAGUGAAACGCAAUGUUCGCAUUGAUAUUCGAUGCCCUUGUAAAUUCAAACAUAGGUUAUUGAAAAUGUGCACAAAAUAGCCUUUUUGUACUUACCUAGUAGUAGAUUGUAGCUUUGAAUUGCAUGCUUGAAAAAGAGUCUAUUUCGGUUCCUAAUUGUCUUUCAAUUCCCGAAUGAUUUUGAACCCGUCACACUCGCAUUCGGGGUUUGAAAACUACAAGUUGUAUGUUUUCCUCGUACGGAAAAGCAUGCACUUAUAUACGCUGUAUAUAAGUCUCAUGAAAUUUUGCGAUGAAUGUGGACUAUGUUCUAUAUUUUAUUAUCAUCGUUAAUAAAUGAACUGACACGCUGCUUUAUGAAAGGAUAUUUCAUGUAUUUAAAAAUCUUAUAAUUAAAAGCCUUGUUAAACACGAAAGAUACACUUCCUUCAAGUAUAAAAUUUUAAGAAGACGUAAUUUGCUAUCAACUGAGCACAAAAAAUUGUUUUGUGAAUUUCUUCUACACUGUAUAUUUGAAUUAAUAAGGUCGUCAAAAAUCAAUGGAAAAGUCAUACCAAUUAAGCAACCAUCUUGCACAGAGUGCAGUUUUUACAGGCGGCCAAAAAGAGUCCCGUUCAAAGGCCGGCAUCCUGUCGCGACUGAAAUAUUUAGAAAUUUUGAUGCACGGUAAUUAAUGUUACAACCCUACUUAACUGUUUUUUUCUAAUCGAAAACACAUUUUGACAGCACGGUUACGCUGGCAACAAGUAACCCGGGUCGAUCUGUCUAGUUAUCGCACUAAAGACAGUGAAGAAGCCAGGGAUCGGCGUGGAUUUUUUCAAGAUCAGCGUUUAGAAUAGAAAUAUCAGCCAAUGAUAGUGAGACCAUCGUGCUGAUGGAGCACUGCUUUCGGUUGAUAGAAAACACCAUCAGACUUUCUGAGCAGUGUCUGUAGCCCAGGUACUUUGAUUGUAGCUUCUUCUUAUUUUUAGGUUGGUGUCUUUAGCAUAAACCAAAGACGGACGGAAAGUAGCAACUUUCAGUAAAAAAUGAAAUAGAUGGAAAUUCCUGUAGAAAUUUGGGAGCAACGCAUUCAGAUUUAGUUAAAAACGCCUUUCUCUCCUCCAGAAAGUUUUGAGGGCUUUGACUUUCUUUCGUCGUAGCCAUUUGAAAAAAGAAGCAGAUAGGUCCAUUCGUUUGUUUCUCUCUCUCUCCGUCUUUAAGCCUGUGAUCAGGUUCAUUACGUUACGAUCGAACCGCUGCUUGGCGCUUCCAUCAGUGUCGGAGGCACUGUCCGCUGUGCGACAGUGCAGGCCUGUGAGCACCGCUUCGUAUACUCACUUUAUCUGACCGACGUGACCGGGAACUACGAUGACAGUGUGCAGCCUUUCUUCAGUAAUUCCACUCCCCUAAAAAUUACCCAUGAUAUGCUCGGAAGCAAGAUUAUCACUUGUGUAACCAGAGGUAUACACCAAAAAGAACUGCGAGCUACUCGGAGAGUAAUAAUUGAAGGCCAGCCUUAUGGAAUCCAGCUCAUCCGGAAAAACCAAGGCGAUGAGAGUCUGGACAUCGAUGUGAAUAUUGUCAACGCCAAUGAAACCCUGCAGUGUGAUAGUGGGGGCUAUCCGAGACCAGAAAUCAUCUGGCAGCAUGUGAGCUCGCCAAAAAACCAUCCUACUCAUCAGCUGACAAUCCAUAGAGACAGCCUGAUCACAACAAUCUUCGACCCACCUGGCUACUACACCUACACCUGUCACUCCAGAAAUGAGUUGGGAGAAAUUUCCCUCAAACACACCUUCUACCUUCGUAACAGCAAACACAUAUCUUUUGGACAGCAGACCAUCGUCUUCUGUUGGGUCCUUGCGAAUCUGUUGAUUUUCGCCUUCCUGGUUUGGAUGGGCCAACUAAUUGUAAACAGGGACCUGAUCCAGUUUGCCGAAGACUGA